AUGGGUGUCAGCUUAUGUCUCAGCUACCAGUGGCUUCACUGGACGCGACCCAGUGGUCCACCUUCCGGUUUACCUGAUGGCAUUGAGCGAACUUUUGUGUCAACGCCUGGUGGACGGAUUGAGUUGCUCUCCGCGAAGCCCUUGAAACCUACAUUGACAACUCCCGUAUUUUUUGCCCAUGGUGGCAUGGGUUCUGCAUGGGUUUGGAUUCCAUAUAUGAGUUAUCUCAAAGAGCAUGGCGUCACCUCAUACGCUGUGUCGACACGCGGUCAUGGCGAAAGCUGGCAUCCGACUUUCUUUCGCAUGUUAUACGCCACGACCAAGCGCAUGCUUAGCGACGAUCUGGUGGCGGGAAUUAAAGCAGUGGAGGAGAAAGAGGGUAGCGAAGUGGUUCUCGUUGGACAUUCCAGUGGCGGUGGUUUGAGUCAAUUCAUCGUCAACCAAGGCGAUGUCAAGGUCAAGGCUCUUGGUCUACUCGACGCUGUGCCAGGUACAGGAUCGUAUCGCGUCUACUACAACUGGGCAUGCUUUGAUCCGUGGUUCACCAUCCGCUUGAUAUUUCAUGGCUGGCAUCCCAAUUCCCCCCUUUCGCAUCCUUCCCUCACAAGGCAGGCCUUUUUUAGCGAUGAGUUGCCAGUGACAGAGCUCGUCGAAUUCCAACGUCACUGCAAUCGCUAUGAGAGCUUUCUUUGGCCUCUCGGCAUGUUGUACCCGUUCAUCGAUGCCAAGAGGGUUCUCAUUAAUAUUAUAAACUGGAGAAACGGUGGUGACAGAAUCUUUAUUAUGGCCGGCGCAGCUGAUAAGUUGAUGACGGGCGAAGUGCAAAGGAAAGCGGCUCAAACAUACCGCGAAGCUUUUACGAACAUGGUGAACGAAAAGAAGAUUGAUGUCACAGUAAAGGAAAUUAAGAAGCUGGAAGGUGAAGGAGAAAUGGAUGAUUCUGGCCACGGUGUAACCCUUGCUUUCGUACCAGGCGCAGGGCACCACGUGCAGAACGAUGUUCAAUGGAGAGUCGGGGCCAAGAAGAUGCUAACUUUCUUGCAGCAGCUCUAG